ACACCCAGUGAAUGAAACCCACUACUUCCUCUCACCAGUGCCUGACUCACUCAUUUGGACUACUGCUGCAUGGGACAAGGAUUUUUACAGAAAAAAAUCUACUAAAUGGUUAUGAUCAUCAUGUACAGACAAAGACGGGAAGAUUGAACAAAGAACACCAUUCCACUCCCAGCAAAUGCAAACAAUAGAAAGAUAAAGAAAUAUCCAACUGAUUCGGGAGGAAACAAAACCCAGCGCAAUGAAAUCACAGUAUGACCCUCCUGGAAACAUCAGCAACUGCAGUAAUGAUAACAAGAUGAAUCAAGUUCUCUUUCCUUUGCUGUACACUUUUAUUUUCUUCGCGGGAAUUAUUAUGAAUGCAUUGGCCAUGGGAGUGUUCUUCCAGAUUUCCAGCAAGUCAAAUUUUAUUGUUUUUCUUAAGAACACAGUGAUCUCUGAUAUUCUCAUGAUCCUGACAUUUCCAUUCAAAAUUCUCAGUGAUGCAAGACUGGUCUCCUGGGAGCUGAGAGGGUUUGUUUGCAAGGUAUCCCAGGUCAUAUUUUAUUUCACUAUGUACAUCAGCAUUAUUUUCCUGGGCCUUAUAACUAUUGAUCGCUACUUGAAAACAGCCAAACCUUUCCAGUCAUCCACCACUGGCAAUGUAACGGCUGCCAAGAUUCUGUCCAUUGUUAUCUGGAUAUUCAUGUUCUCUCUGUCACUUCCAAACAUGAUUCUGACAAACAAAGAACCCACACAAGAGACAGUGAAGAAAUGUGCUGAUCUGAAAUCUGAUUUUGGAUUAGUAUGGCAUGAAAUUGUUAACUAUGUUUGCCAGUUUAUCUUCUGGGUGAACUUUGCCAUCAUAAUUGUAUGUUACACACUCAUAACACGAGAACUGUACAAAUCCUACAAAAGAACAAGAUGCAAGGGAAAGACAAACAAGAAGACUGUGAAUAUCAAAGUUUUCAUCAUCAUUUGUGUGUUUUUCAUUUGCUUUGUGCCUUUUCAUUUUGCCAGAAUUCCAUACACCUUGAGCCAAACACGAGAUGUGUUCAAAUGUUCCACUCAGAACACAUUGUUUUACAUGAAAGAGAGCACGUUAUGGCUCACUUCGCUGAAUGCCUGUCUAGAUCCCUUCAUAUACUUUGCCCUCUGUAAAUCCUUCAGAACAUCACUUCGAAAGACACUGCGUAAUUAUGUGAUGAAAACAAGGAGAGAUCAGAACACAGAAACAACAGAUGAUGAAGAAACACCAGUAUAGACCAAUGAGAGGUCCUUAUAAUGUAGCUUAAGACAUUUUGCACACCUUUCGAUGCAUGUAUUUGUCCAUAUCAAGAACCUGCUUUGCUCCUUCUGUUCCAUUUAUGAAUCUUUCAAGAUCACACAUCAUUCAUGAUACUAGCAACACCUAGUUGCUGUACAAGAGAUCUGUGUAGUAUUAUUACUGCUAUUUCUUUUAAAACUGUAGCUAUGCAUAGGAAUAUGUACUUUUGGUAAACAGUACAUUGAUACAUUCAUUUUUAGCCAGAUAUAUAUAAAGAAAAGGAGAUGAAGCUACAUAUACAACAAGAAGUGUAAAUAUACUGUUCGAAUAUUCAUAAAUCAGAAUCCAAUUAUAUAAUUUCCCACCGAGAAGUUGGUGUUUCUACUGGUACUUGUACAUUUCAGCUCCCAAAUACCUGGGAUUCAAAUAUCCUGUACUCAUGUGGAAGGAAACAAGCAUACCAAGAGAAUAAUUCAAAUAUUUGUAUUACACUCUAGGUCCCUAACAUGAAGUUGGGGGUGGGGGUGGGGGGUUUGGAUCCAAUCAGUUUUCCCAGUAGUGUAAGAGGGAAGAAGGGCGAUUUGGUCUUUCUCACGGCAGAACCCAAUUCGCCAUAGCUUCAUACACUCAUGGUCUCUGUGUAAUCUUGAAGGUAUCAAAAGAGGUAUCUCUGUGAUACCUAAGCAGAAAUCUGAUAAGUUCUACCACUUUUUAUUUAAAAGUUCCUUCCUUGAAUGAAAGCUUCAUGGUUCAAAAUGCAGUGGAAAAUUAAAAAUCAUGAAC